AUGCCGACAGACACAAUUCCACUGGAAAUCAGAACGCUAUAUCCUUCUGUACCUGAAGACGCAGAACAAAGAGCAGAAAAUUUACUUGUUAAAGAGGCUUGUAAAUACUACAGUUCCCAGUGGCAUGUUGUGAACUACAAGUAUGAACAGUAUUCAGAAGACUUUCGACACUUACCCCAAAGUGAAUGUAGACCAGAGAAACUGCCAUCGCAUUCCUUUGAAAUCGAUCAUGAAGAUGUGGAUAAGGAUGAAGAUACAACGUCCCACUCAUCUUCAAAAGGUGGUGGCAGUGGUGGAGGAGGAGGAGGAGGAGGAGGAGGAUUAGCAGCAGGAGUUUACAAGUCUGGAUGGCUUUAUAAAGGGAAUUUCAACAGCACUGUAAACAAUAGCAUUACUGUUCGGUCAUUCAAAAAGCGCUACUUCCAGCUGACACAGCUGUCGGAUAACUCAUAUAUUAUGAAUUUUUAUAAAGAUGAGAAAAUAUCAAAGGAGCCGAAGGGAUGUAUUUUCUUGGAUUCUUGUACAGGAGUUGUACAGAACAACAGGCUUAGGAAACAUGCCUUUGAGUUGAAAAUGAAUGACCUCACAUACUUUGUGCUGGCAGCUGAAAAUGAGCAGGAUAUGGAUGACUGGAUUUUCAUUCUCAACAAAAUACUGCAAAUAAAUCCAGAGGGAAACAUUCAGGAGAGGAAGAGCGCAGAUCUUACUGAUCUGAAACUUGACCCUGCAGAAGUUUCACUGACUUGCGAUUGCACUCAGGAAGAGACUGAUUCUUCAGAGAACAACUUGCACCCAGACUUCUCGAAAUACAUCGCAGAAACAGAAGAAACGGUGAAAGCCUCUCGAAAUGCAGAGCGACUAAAUCUUUUCUCUUUGGAUCCUGAUAUAACA